AUGAUGUCUGGCCAGCGACUGCAGGGCUGCCGCUCCCUGCACUUCAACGAGGACAACGGCCGCUUCGCGCUGCUCGCCAUCCUCAUCCUGCUGUACCUGCUGUGCGGCGCUGCGGUCUUCUCGGCCAUCGAGAGGCCCUCCGAGCUGACGGCUCACGGCCGCUGGAACGGGACGCUCCUCAACUUCAGCGAGACCUUCAACAUCAGCCUGCACGAGCUCAACUCCUUCCUGCGGGAGUACGAGGCUGCCAUCGCCGCCGGGAUCCGGGCGGACGCUCUCAGGCCGAGAUGGGAUUUUACAGGGGCUUUUUAUUUUGUUGGAACUGUGGUGUCGACUAUAGGGUUUGGGAUGACAACACCUGUGACAAUUGCAGGCAAGGUGUUCCUGAUCUUUUACGGGCUUCUGGGCUGUGCUGCUACUAUCCUUUUCUUCAACCUCUUCCUGGAGCGCAUCAUCACACUUCUGGCCGUGGUGAUGAAGGCUGUGAGGGAGAGGAGAAUCAGGAACAGUGGCCUCCUCCCACCAGGCAUCCGGCAUGACUUUUCAGCCUACUCCCUCCCUGGAUGGAAGCCCUCUGUCUACCAUGUGAUGCUGAUUCUCGGCCUGUCGGCAAUCACCAUUUCCUGCUGUGCGUCCGCCAUGUACACCCCUGUGGAGGGCUGGACUUACUUGGACUCGCUCUACUUCUGCUUUGUCACCUUCAGCACCAUAGGCUUUGGGGACUUUGUCAGCAGCCAGGGCGCUGUUUACGAAUACCAAAGCCUCUACAGGGUGGCCAAUUUCUUCUUCAUGCUGAUGGGUGUGUGCUGCAUAUAUUCCCUGUUCAAUGUCAUUUCUAUCGUCAUUAAGCAGGUGCUCAACUGGAUGCUUGAGAAAAUGAGCUGCCUGUUUUGUCAGCGUUGCAAUAAGGCCAACGCCUUCUUGGGCCGACGCAAUGCCAUCCGCCCAGGCUCCAAGGGGCGCCAGGCCAAGUUUGGCCAGCUGCCUGACUCAGACGGACCUUGUGACAGCGACACUGAGGGACGGAGACUAUCAGGGGAGAUGAUCUCAAUGAAAGACCUCGCAGCUUCGAAUAAGGUGUCACUGGCCAUCAUGCAGAAGCAGCUGUCCGAGUCGGCCAACGGGUAUCCCAGGACAGUCUGUGGCAGCUCACGCCAUAAUGGCUUCUCCGGGGGAGUCGGGGCCCUCGGGAUCAUGAACAACAGGCUGGCAGAGACCAGUAACUCCAGGUAG